AUGUUGUCGCGAUCGGUCUGGAGGAAUCUGGGCUAUAAUGCCCGUCGGAGAGCGACCAUUCCCGAGGUCCCCUACCGCUGCUUUUCCUGUUCGCAGCGAGCUCAAGCAGACUCCAACAAGGCCAACCAAGAUGAACGGAUGACCCAUUUCGGCUUUAGCAACGUUCCUGAAUCGCAGAAGGAGUCUAUGGUCGGAGCGGUCUUCAGCUCAGUUGCUUCUUCCUACGAUGCUAUGAACGAUUUCAUGUCACUCGGAAUCCACCGCCUGUGGAAAGAUCAUUUUGUUCGCUCCCUGAACCCUGGCUCGGCGCUACCAUCUCGCAACACCGACACAACAGGAAAAGGCUGGAACAUCCUGGAUAUCGCCGGCGGGACCGGCGAUAUCGCGUUUCGCAUGCUGGAUCACGCGACUAACAUUAACCACGACCAUGAGACCCGUGUCACAAUUGCUGAUAUCAAUCCGGAUAUGCUUGCGGAGGGCAAAAAGCGGAGCAUCCAGACCCCUUACUACAACACGAACCGUCUAUCUUUUAUGCAGGGAAAUGCCCAGCACAUGCCCAACAUUCCGGAUAACUCAGUCGACCUCUACACGGUUGUCUUCGGCAUCCGCAACUUCACGGACAAGCAGGCCGCCCUCAACGAAGCAUUCCGGGUGUUGAAGCCCGGUGGUGUGUUCGCUUGUAUGGAGUUCAGCAAGGUAGAGAACAGCGUAUUCAAUGCGGUCUACAAACAGUGGAGUUUCAGUGCCAUCCCGAUGAUCGGCCAAUUGGUGGCGGGAGAUCGGGAGAGCUACCAGUAUCUAGUGGAGAGUAUUGAGAAAUUCCCCAGCCAGGAAGAAUUCCGGGGUAUGAUUCAGAAGGCUGUAACAAUCAACCAUUUUGUACCAGAGAAUGGUUUCUGUGCCAUGGGGCACCUUCAGCAGCAAUCGCCGAUGAUCCCGCUAUCGUCCCCCGCGGACCCCUCCGUGCCCACCAUGAUAAAGAAAGACCGCCUCGCUCGCGACGAGCUUUCGCUUCUAUCCUUGACUCCUCCAGACGUGAUUGAUCCUAUAUUAUCAACUGCAAAGGAUGGCCCUACCGAUGCGUCGGUAUCCACCGCCAUUCAUGUCAUUGCUACUGAGCGUGCCGCCCUAGCGCACUUGGAACGUCUUUACGAAACAAAUGCGUUGGCGCAAGAGAGUCUUGCACGGGCUGUAAGCCAGAUUACCCACAGUGUGCGGAGUGGAGGAAAAUUGGUAUGCUGUGGUGUCGGAAAGAGUGGGAAGAUUGCCCAAAAGCUCGAAGCGACGAUGAAUAGUCUGGGUAUCUACAGCGCAUUCUUACAUCCUACGGAAGCAUUGCAUGGAGACCUGGGCAUGAUUAGACCGCAAGAUACCCUGUUGUUGAUUUCGUUCUCGGGGCGCACGCCUGAGCUCUUGCUCCUGCUCCCUCAUAUCCCCGCAACUGUCCCAAUAAUCGCCAUCACUGCUCAUCUUCACCCGUCCACAUGCCCCUUAUUGUCGUUUCAACCGUCCGACAUGGGCAUUCUCCUACCAGCGCCCAUUCACGAGGACGAGGAGUUAUCCAUCGGCGUAUCUGCCCCAACGUCGUCUACGACGGUAGCCCUGUCGCUGGGAGAUGCCCUGGCUAUCGCCACCGCCAGACGACUACACACAUCUUCAGGAAGAGGCCCAGCAGAGAUCUUCAAGAGUUUCCACCCCGGGGGAGCCAUCGGCGCCGCAUCAAAUGUCCUCACACCAAUGAGCAUGUCGACUGCAUCAUUCCCCUCUACCACUUCAGACGACCUCUCCAGUCAACAGCAAUCCGUCGCCUCGCUCCCCCAGUUAGAGGAGACCCCACGCAUCAUCGACAAGCUCGUUCCCAUCGACCAAAUCCCAACAGUAUCUACCUCAACGGGCACCAUCCGUCUCCUAGAUAUCCUGCUCACAGCCAUCCAACACCCCACCGCCAAGUCCUGGGUCCAUCUGUCCCCUUCCGAAAUAAUUCCACCCCGACAUCUCCGCUCCCUCUCGCAAACAAACUAUGUAGACAUGGAUACAUCCGCGCUAGCCACUCUCGGGCUCCCAUUUUCCGUGUCCCGGGAUGAUUGGCUACGGCUCCCUAGCUUGACGUCCGUCAACGAUGCACGUCGGCUAGUUUCGGAAUCUACCACUACUGCGGGGUCCGUAAUAGCCGUCAUGCAGGACGAGAAUCCCGAUGCUUGUUUGGGCUUCUUUGAAGCGGAAGAUCUGUGGGAUGGCUGUGACUAA